AUGUUCGAUGAGAUCAACACACAUUUGUUUUUGGAAAAAAAACCUAUAACCUACAAGUAUCUAGCACGAUGGAAGGAUUUAUCGUCGAGCAAGGCCAAACAGGUACUUCAGGAGUUCUAUGAUCAGUUCAAACACGAAAAGCCAGACUUGAGCAGCUACUACACGGUGACGGGCCGUGCUGGAAACUCGCGCUAUGUCAAGGUUGUUUCUGAGCAGGACAUCGAAAUUGGCAAAGCAGAGCUUGAAAAGAUAGACUCUGUCUCGAUUUACAGUCUCAAUAUGGGAAAAGUCGCGCUGGACACCGUGGUUGCAAUCAAUACAACAAUAGAUAAAGAGUAUACGCCAGAGAAUUGCGCUAAAUGGGGCGUGAUCCAGACACGCACAGCACAGAAAAUUGCAAAGAAGCAGGAACGCGAGGCAGCAGCCCGCCCUGCAGAGCGCAAUGCCAUGAGUGAACCUCUGAAGACGGAAGCCAAGCCGCAGGAAGCCAAACCAGCGGCCAAGGAUAUCAGCACCAGCAGGUUGAGCUCGCUCUAUACCUCGAGAAAGAAGGCUCCGGAGACAAAGCGGGAAGCGAAACGGACUCUGGGCGAACCGAAACAGUCCACAGAGCCGCCGAAGAAGAAGACCAAGAAUGAAGUCAAGUCGAAGCUCACUAAGCUGUUCGAAAACAGCGACGACGAUAUGGCAUUCUCUGAUGAGGAACCAAACGACGAGCCCGUGGACAUUGACAACUUUGCAGAGAUAGAAUCUGAGGAGCAGCCGAAACCGGCGAAAAAGGCGGACAAAUCAGCUGAUAAAGAGAGAUCAGAACCGGUUACAGAGAACGCUGAGGAGAACGCUGCUCCGUCAGAACCAGUCUACGAUGAGGACGGAUAUUUGGUGACCACCAAACAACAGCCAGCGAAACGGUCUGCCACGCACCCGCCUGCAAAGAAAGGACACACCAUUUCGAAAAACACGGACAAGGGAGACACCAAGAAGCAGGUUUCGCUAAUGUCAUUUUUUGGCAAGAAAAAAUAA